CGGAGAUGAUCCGACAACACGUGCUUGUCAGAACUUGACAAUGUCUAAAAUAACUAAUUUAUUAUUUGGUUGAACCGUUUAACGAAGACGCGGAUUGUUGCAACGGGGUUUCUUAGUUCAGAGUACAGCGUGUACGCGUCUAGCGGCCGAAGUUAAAGGAAGCUUCUGGUUACCAGUACAGGACCCGUGUAGGACACUAAUGAUGACACUUCGUGUGCAAAUGUUUUUUAUUUGUUUUAUCCGAGUUGCCAAGUUUCUGCACUGACCUUUUCAACAAGAAGAUAAGAAACACUCUCGUUUUUGACCAUUAAAACCAUAUAAAUAUAACGUAACUAGUCUGAGCAUUGAUAAUGUGAAUCAAACUAGCUAGUUAGCAAACUUAUCAAGCUAAUUUCGUAAAAUUGGUUGGUUGUAGAGUUGAUCCGAUUUCUGAAGCACCGGGACACAAUAAUGUCGGAUUUACUUAAAUCCACAGUUUUGUAUUUCUAACAACACGUGAAGCUAGCUUAUGUCUUGGUAAAUCUUUGCAGCCAACAGUCGCUGCCAUGUGUGCUCCAAUUGAAAUAUGGUUUAUUAUGUUCCAUCCAAUCAACAGCAUGGAUCAACAGCUUUCUCGAAAGUCUUUCCCCCAAUCGAAGGAUGUUCAGUUUUGGCGGUGCGGAAAAGAUGGCGGAAGAUUUGAAAGGUUGCAGCGUAUCUUGCAAGCUGUCUUUGGAUGAUUUGCAGGCAGUCUGUCGUCGGGAAAGGCUCCACUGUAAACAGCUACGGGUGAACAAGCAUAACUUCAAUGAUUAUGAAGUUGAGUACCUCUGUGACUACAAGAAAUCUAAGGAGGAGGAGUUCUACCUAGUCAAAUGGAAGGGCUACCCUGAGUCGUGCAACACCUGGGAGCCCCGCAAAAACCUAAAGUGCCGGAAGCUUAUGUUACAGUUCCACGAGGACUUGGAGCAUGAGCAGAGGCGGCAGAAGAGACGGACCAUAUGUCCUAAAAGGCUAGACAAGGAUGUGGCCUGGACCCUGGUAGAGAAAGCCAAGCUUCGUCAGAGGCUCCAGCAGUGGGAGGCUGACCUGAACAAAACACGGAACCACCCAGGCCGCAUCUUUGUUGUGAAUGAGGUGGACCUGGAAGGCCCGCCAAGGGACUUCACCUACAUCAACAACUACAAGGUGGGCGAUGGCAUCGUUCUCAAUGAGAUGGCUGUGGGCUGUGACUGUAAGGACUGCUUCAGUGAUCCGGUGGCAGGCUGCUGCCCGGGGGCCUCCCUGCACCGCUUGGCCUAUACUGAGAAGGGCCAGGUGCGAGUGCGAGCCGGGGAGCCCAUCUAUGAAUGUAAUGCCCGCUGCAGCUGCGGACCUGACUGUCCCAAUCGCAUUGUCCAGAAUGGCAUUCAGCUAGAUCUGUGCAUCUUCAAGACUGGCAAUGGCCGAGGCUGGGGUGUGCGCACACUACAGCACAUUAGAAAGAACACCUUUGUCAUGGAGUAUGUUGGGGAGAUCAUCACGUCAGACGAGGCAGAAAAGAGAGGGCACGUGUACGACCGGCAGGGUGCCACCUACCUUUUUGACCUGGAUUAUGUUGAGGAUGUUUAUACAGUGGAUGCCGCUCACCAUGGCAACAUCUCCCACUUUGUCAACCACAGUUGCAACCCCAACCUGCAAGUAUACAACGUGUUUAUAGACAACCUGGAUGAACGCCUCCCGAGAAUAGCUUUAUUUUCAACACGCUCCAUCAGGGCAGGAGAAGAGCUCACUUUUGACUACAAAAUGCAAAUUGAUCCUGUUGAUGCAGAGAGCACAAAGAUGGACUCAAAUUUCAGUUUAGCGGGACUCCCAAGCUCUCCCAAAAAGCGCAUUCGGGUGGAGUGCCGGUGUGGAUCUGACACAUGUCGAAAGUAUCUUUUCUGAUCUGAAUUCUAAACGGAACAACAAAGCUUGAACAGACUACAUAGUAUUUCUGGGAAUUAUAAAAUUUGUACAGCUUUAUGUAUUUCUUCUAUUUUUAUGAACUUUUAAGCCACACUGGCACAUUUAUCAAGACUGAUGUGGACCCCCCCCCCCCCUUCAUUUGAAAUGCCCCUAAAUGUAUUUAGUAUGUUGAAAACCAUUUUAGUGAAACAGUGACCUAUCUGUCCUAAAUGACCCAGCUAAAACAUACAUAUUCCACAAGUCUGGUUUCUGGGAUUUCUUCAGGGCUUACAAAUUUGUAGUGCACUGUUCAUAGCCUAUGGCAUAUUUUUUUUGAAAAUUAAAAAUGUGACCCAAAAUGUUUUGUGGAACCUAAGAUCAUAUUAAAGGAAGUCCAGUAAUUCUCAUUAGUUGUUUUUUUUAGAUUUCACAUGUUUUUAUUGAACUCUAAACAAAAGAAUAAGGUGAUUUGACGGAAAUAUAUCUAGUACUUCUUAGGCUGUUCAUAGGCUAUUAACACAGGCAGACAAAUUUAAAUUAUUUCUACUCACUGAUGACCAAUCAAGUUUUAAAUGUUUUACAAUAAUUGGCUCCCUGUUUAAACUCAGCCAUUAAGCGUCAAGCCUUGUUGGCGGAAAUGUCAUUGCAAUGCAGAAAAUGUGGAUUUAAUAUGCAUUUAAUGGCAGUAGAUAACUAUUAAGUGCAGUUAUUUCCCACUUCUUGCAGGUAGUGCUAUAUUUUGUUGUCCUAAAACAAUGUGUAUGAAUUUGUGUACCCCUAACCGUCCCGCUUCUUAUUGGGUUUGAAUCGGCCUACUUUUUUCUUAAAUGUGAAUGAUUCUAUUCCAAUGCUCCUGUUUUGUUGGCCUGAAAUUUUUUGUUUUGCUAGAUUUGGUGUUGUUUUUUU